AUGGCAAGCAAGACAAAGAUUUAUAUCGUGAUCGAGUACGUUGGUGGAGGCGAGCUUUUCGACAAAAUUGCCAUGCGAGGGAGACUCAAAGAGGAUGAAGCCAGGAGCUAUUUCCAGCAGCUUAUUAAUGCUGUUGAUUUCUGCCAGGGUACAGGCGUUUUCCAUAGAGAUUUGAAGCCUGAGAACUUUCUUCAGGAUUCCAAUGGUGUUCUUAAAAUAUCGAAUUUUGGAUUGAGUGCUUUUUCAAAGCAAGUUCGGGAGGAUGGGUUGCUUCUCACGGCUUGUGGGACUCCGAAUUAUGUUGCUCCAGAGGUGCUUAAAAAUCAAGGUUACGACGGUCGAGCAUCGGAUAUUUGGUCUUGUGGAGUUAUUCUCUUUGUACUUAUGGCUGGUUAUUUGCCCUUUGAUGAACCAAACCUUAUAUGCUUGUAUAAGAAAAUCACAAAGGCCGAUUUCACUUGUCCUUCAUAUUUGACGACUAGUGCAACUUAUUCUUGAUCCAAACCCU